UAGACAUGGGAAAUGUGUACAUCCCAAUCCAUAGCCAGAAGCCUAUUGGUCUCGAGUGUGAGAAGACCAUGCUUGUGGGCGACAUUGUCGUUGUGCUUGAUGAUGUUAAUCGCAGUAGUAGAAUCAAUGCAGAGGUUCACCUUCCUAAAUCUCAAAUCCCAUGCCAUUCUGCAGCUUUUAAUUCUACUCCUGUGAUACCAAUGACACUUUCCUCACCCAUUUCUAUCAUUUCAAAAACUAGAGCCCAAAACAAGUAACACUUUGUUUUGUUGCUUGGUUUAACACAUAACAUAAAUACUCAAUACCAAAAUGGCAAUAAUAAUAACAUAACAAUUAUAUUCCGGUAAGAAAAACAUAUUCUAAUUGUCGAGACAGGUGACAGACACAGAUGUUUGAUCGCCAGAUUCCAAUGGCUAGUAUGGUGGCGGAAAAUCUAUACCAAUAAUCGCCCAUACGAAAGACUUAUGGAUCAAUACUAGUGAAGUCGCAUAAUCAUAUACUAAAACUCGACAAAUGCUUACCAGCGAUAAUCAUCAACAAUUUGUAGCAAAAACAUUUCUAGUGCAAACCAUUAAUUUUGUAGCAUACAUACUCCUGACAAACAAAAAUUAUUAAUACCAUAAAAUGACAAAUGGAUACCAGAAAUAAUCUAAUGGAUAUCAAAAUCUUUGAUAUUGACAAAUUAUAUCACAAACGGUAUAAUGAAUACCAGAAAUAACCUAAUGCAUAUUAGGAACUUUCAGGAAUUAAAAAAAAAAAAAAACCAGACUCUGAUAACGAUGGCUAGAUUCCAAUGAUUGCAUACAUGUCAUUCCUACUAUAAUUUUUUCCCCCUCAAAUACCCCUAUCAAAUAUGCAGCUCUAUCUUCACCUACAUAAAAUGAUUUAAGUGUAAUUAAGCACCAUAAAAGUAAUUGUAUUAUUCACAGUGGCUGACCUAGGAUUGUCGGAGAGGUGUGUCCGAUAAAAUUAAAUAAAAAAUUAAUUAAAAAUUAUUAAAAUUAAUUUAUAAAGUUCACAAUGUCAUGUUUACAACGAAUAAAAAUAACUUUUCAUCUAUUUAAAUGUCUCUAAAAUACAUUCAUCACUUAUGCUGCAAUGCAAAUCUUUUUCAAAUAUACACAACAAUCAUUCAUAAAUUUGUCACCCAACCGAUUUCGAAGAUCGUUCUUGAUUAUCUUCAUAGCUGAAAAUGCUCUUUCGCAGCUUGUAUUUCAACAUAUAAAGUCAUACCAACUUCAAAAGCAAGUAUUCUGGUGAGUCUCGACAAUUGUCGCUUGGGCUUUGGUAAUUUUUUUGUUUCUCCAUUAAUGAAAGGACCCAUCCCAGCACACAUGUAUAUUGGUAUGACCUGUGGGAUUUUUUUAUAACAAUUGAUAUGAUUAUGAGUUAUUUUAAACAAAUUUAAAUUAAUUUUGUUAAUUAGAAUUUAAGAUUGAUUCAUUUAAAUAAUAAAAAAUUUCCAGUCUAAUGAAGGUGUGUCGGCUAUAAUUAUCGAAGGGUUGUCGGAAGUCCAAAACUUAAAAUUUUUGUACCGAAAAUAUGUAGAUCCUUCACAAAAUUCUCGGGCGACGACACACCCUCCCUUACCUUGGGUCCGCCACUGAUUAUUCAUACCACAUUAUUAAACGUAAUGUGUACAAGUAAACCUCCACAUCUUUCCAUGCCUUUUCAAAAUCAUAAGUAAAAACACAUAAUUACCAAACAAUAUGUAACUUUUUCCUCCCAUCAUCGUUCAUUAUUGACUGCACCGCCGAUAUUAACAUACAUCAAAUCUAACCACAUCAUAUGACCAUAAAAAUAUUCUACACGAAUAGCCUGACAUGCACAAAAACACAUAUAUCUAACAUUUUACUCCAUGAACAGAGAAUUUUUAAAGAAUUGAGCUUUCGAAGGUGGGGUUGCGUGGUGGUAUGGUGAAGUUUUCCUCUUUCUUUUUUUUUUUUUUUUUUUUUUUUUUACUGUGGAACGUUGCAGAGAGAGAGAGAGCAAUGGGCAAUGUGGGUUAGGGGAGAAGGUUUCGUCCUUUUCUUCCUUGUUUAUUUAAUGCUUGUCAGCUUUCCCCUUCCCUUCUUGCCUUCCAUCCUUCCUUCUUCACACCAAAAUCCCACACUCUUCCUCUCUGCUUUCUCACACGCAAUGCCCAAUAGCAAUACGAGAGAAGCAGAAGAAUAGAGAUUUCCCUUCCUUCCUUCCCUUCUCAUCUUUCUGUCUUUCUCAUUGCUUUUUUCCCCCAUCACUUCCACACUCCCCACUCAUUCACUCACUCAACAAAAGCUCUGCCCUGCUAUUCUCUUUCUCCUCCAUCCCCUUCCCCCACAUUCUCCCAAUCCCUCGCUUCGUUCCAGAUUUGGAGAAGUGGGUUUUUCUGGGUUUUCCCUCUUCUCCUCGAUUCACUUCAAAACAAUGGAGGAUGACAACACCAAGGAGAAGAAGAAUCUGGAAGAUCAGGUCCGCCUGCCGCCACCACCGCCCGCCGCCCUGCUACUCGGCAAUGCCGCAUCCGACGCCGCCGAUAACCAAAUCAACACCGAUUCGCCGGCCAACUCCCGGAAGCAAGGCGGCCUAAUCACCAUGCCAUUUAUUAUAGCAAACGAGGCGUUCGAGAAGGUGGCCAGCUACGGGCUAGCACCCAACAUGAUAAUGUAUCUGAUGAAGGAUUACAAGAUGGGAGUGGCGAAAGGGACAAACAUUCUCUUCCUCUGGUCAGCUGCCACAAACUUCACUCCCCUUUUCGGCGCUUUCAUGUCCGACUCUUUCCUGGGGCGCUUCCUCACCAUCGGCCUUGCCUCCCUCUCCAGCCUCCUGGGAACAAUCUUACUGUGGCUAACAGCAAUGAUUCCUCAAGCAAAGCCACCACAGUGCCCCACAACAGCAACCCUUUCACUCUGCAGCACGACUCCAACAGCAGGCCAACUCACUCUUCUCUUCUCAUCCUUGGCUUUAAUCUCCAUUGGAGCAGGAGGCAUCAGGCCAUGUUCCUUGGCAUUUGGUGCUGAUCAAGUCGACAACAGAGCCAACCCUGCCAAGAACAAGAGGAUCCUUGAGACCUUCUUUGGUUGGUAUUAUGCCUCCACUGCCCUUUCAGUCUUGAUUGCGCUCACCGCCAUUGUCUACAUUCAAGACCACCUAGGAUGGCGAGUCGGCUUUGGGGUUCCAGCCAUCCUGAUGCUCCUCUCAGCCGUGUUCUUCUUUGUUGCAUCCCCUUUGUAUGUGAAGCAUAAAGCUAGCACGAGUUUGCUCACAGGUUUUGCUCGGGUAGCUGUGGUUGCUUACAAGAACAGGAAACUCCCUUUCCCUUCUGGAAACAUUGGUGGAUGGUACCAUGUGGGCAGAGAUUCAAACCUUCUGGCCCCUUCCCAGAAACUAAGGUUCUUGAACAAGGCAUGCAUAGUGAUCGACCCAGAAAUCGAAAUAUCCCCAGAUGGAACAGCAAAAAAUCCAUGGAACCUAUGCACAGUGCAGCAAGUGGAAGAGCUGAAAGCACUCAUUAAGGUCUUCCCCAUAUGGUCUAGUGGAAUCAUGCUCUCCAUCAACACUAGCCAGACUUCAUUUCCAGUUAUCCAAGCUAGUUCCAUGGACAGGCACUUGACUUCAGGGUUCAAAAUCCCAGCAGCUUCAUACUCCAUGUUCUUAGUCGUGACCAUAAUCAUCUGGGUCGUCCUCUACGAUCGAGCAAUCCUUCCUCUUGCUUCAAAACUACGUGGGAGGGCAGUCAAGCUUAGUACGAAACUCAGGAUGGGGCUCGGCCUAGUGGUCUCGUGCCUAAGCAUGGUGGUGGCAGCUUCAGUUGAAGGAGCUCGAAGAAAGAAGGCCAUAGAGGAAGGCUACUUGAACAACCCUCUAGGAGUGGUGAACAUGUCUGCAAUGUGGCUUGUACCUCAGUAUGUUUUGCUAGGGCUAGCAGAGUCAUUGAACGCGAUUGGCCAGAUCGAGUUCUACUACUCCGAGUUCCCUAAGACUAUGUCGAGCAUUGCUUCCUGCCUGUUUGGACUUGGAAUGGGGGUGGCGAGCUUGCUGGCGAGUGUUGUGCUGAGUAUUGUGAACAGGGUGACUUCAAGAGGCGGGAAGGAUGGGUGGAUCAAUGAUAACAUAAACCGUGCUCGGUAUGAUAACUACUACUAUCUGCUUGCUGUGAUGGGGGCCAUAAAUUUGGUCUACUUUGGUGUCUGCAGUUGGAGUUAUGGAGCUUGUGAGGAGGACAUGACAAGGAAAGUUGGGAAUAAUGAGGAGAACGGGGUUGAAAUGGGGAAUGGAAGAAGUAAUGGUUUGGAAGGUAAAGAUCAUGAACAAGUGAUUAGAUGAGCAUUUUCGGUUUGAAGAUUAAAGCUUAACUGGGAGAAGUUAUUUGAGCAAGGUUUGUUCGGUUAUCUGUGUUUUUAGCUUUAUGGCUUUGUUUGUAUGAUAAUAGUGAAGCAUUUAUUAACUAUGUCCAAUGGUGUGCAUAGAUAUAUAUAUAGAGAUAGCUAGCUAGGGUGAUUUUGUAAUGCUUUUGGGGUUUCUAUGUUCAUUUUGUUCCUUUGGUGUUUGGGUUUGGUGGAGUGGCAUUUCCAAAUGAGUGUAUUGCUUGGAGUCUCUUUUCUCCAUAUGAUAUAUAUGAAAUGAGAUUUCAAUUUAUACUUUGGUAGACACGGUGGAAACUUCUUAGUUUAACCUUCAUCUUCUGAACAUACUUGGAGGGAACUUGUUUUUAGUCAUAGCAGAUAUCUUACAUAAUUCAGACUGCAUUAAAGAUUUUGGUAAAAGAAAACGUAAGAUUGAGAUAUCUAGAAUAUCCAGAACAUGAGGAAGUGAUCCACCACUACAGUAGACAGUAGUUGAUGGGAUCUUUGUCUUCUGGUCAAGUCUGUUCUUUUUCUUUAAUUGCUAAACGAGGUUUUAGGAGUUGAAAGUUGCAGCAUGGGACUGGACCAGUGUACGGUCCAGGUCAUCGAAAUCGACUGUUAGAAGGUGACAGGAUGUGACAUUUUAUGAAAAGACACCAACAGAUGGAUCGCAAACAUUUGAUCUGUAAGUUCCCGUUUGUCUUCUUCCCCCACAAUCCACCAUGGGAAUCAAGAGCCAUAAUAUUCCUUUCACUAGUUCACCAGAUGUAAACCACCAAGCAGCCAACAUGGGAAAUAAUGCCCAAGGAGCUCCUAAAUAUGCAUUAACAAAUCCAGAACAUUGAC